AUUAACGUUACUUUGUUUUUUAAUUUAUAUAAUAUAUACACAAAUAUAUAAAUAUAUUAUAUAAGACUUGAAUAUGUCAUCACUUACUGUAGAGACUAUUGAAAUUACAGAAAUCAAACCUGGUAUGUCGCAAGCUGUUAAGGAUUGCAUAAGUGGUACUGUAGGAGGUAUUGCCCAGGUUCUUGUUGGCCAACCUUUUGACACGGUGAAAGUUCGUCUUCAAACACAAUCAACUACAUCACCGUUAUAUACAGGCAUGAUGGAUUGUGUUAGAAAAACACAUUCUAAUGAAGGCUUUAAAGGUUUUUAUAAGGGUACUAUGACACCUUUAAUUGGUAUUGGCGCUUGUGUAUCCAUUCAGUUUGUUGUACUUGAAGCCAUGAAACGUUAUUUUACUAGAAUGAAUCAUAAAAAAUUACAAGAUGGUGAAUUUUUAAGCAAUGGGCAACUUUAUUUCUCCGGCGCAAUUAGUGGUUUAGCUAACUCGUUUGUGUCAGGGCCUGUGGAACAUAUACGUACAAGACUUCAAGUACAGAUAGGUACGGGCUUUAAUGGGCCUUUUGAUUGUAUCCGUAAAAUCUAUCAAUCUUAUGGUAUUUCUGGUAUCUAUAAAGGUCAAGUUAUUACAAUGGCACGUGAAUUUCAAGGCUAUGGUGCAUAUUUUUUAGCGUAUGAAUACCUCGUUCAAAGGGCUAUGAAGGAAAAUAAUUUAAAAAAACGCUCUGAAUUACCUACCUGGAAAGUAUGUGCUUUUGGAGCUGCAGCAGGCUAUGCUAUGUGGUUUACUAUUUAUCCCAUGGAUGCUAUUAAGUCUAAAAUUCAGACCGAUGGUUUUGAUACUCACACAAGACAAUAUUCUUCUACUCUUGAUUGUGCUCGUAAAACAUUUGCUAAAGAAGGUGUACCUGGAUUUUUCAGAGGUAUCGGCCCAUGCUUACUUCGUGCUGCUCCUGUUAAUGCUGUAACAUUUAUGGGAUUUGAAAUGGCCAUGCGUGUUUUAUCAUAGAACUUCAUAAGUCAUAUUAAUAUUCAGGAAAAAGAAAAGUAAAUAUUUACCUUCACAUGGUUAUUGAAACGUAGACAUAUGAUUCUGCUGAAUAAAGUUGAAACAUUCUAUACACAUAAACUUUUAAAUAGAGAAUACUCUUGCCAGAAAAUACAUAUUUAAAU